AUGCCGUCCAAGCAAAUGAUUCAGACCUCUGAAGCGAUUCUCGAGAAGCAUGGCGCCGCUCUCAAGGGCAAGACCAUUCUCAUCACUGGCGUCGCCGCCGAUUCCAUCGCUGGCGAGCUCGCCGUGCAGCUGAGCACCGUCGGGCCCAAGCUGCUCAUCCUCUCCGCGCGCUCAGAGUCUCGCGUGGAGCCCAUCGUCGCCAAAAUCAAGGAAAAGGACGCCGCGGUCGAGACUCGGUUCUUGAAGAUGGACCUGGCCGAUCAGAGCGAGAUACGGCGCGCGGUGGCCAGUCUAUCCGACGUGGAGGCGAUUGACCACGUCGCGCUCGUCGCGGGGCUCAUGGGGCCGCCGUACAGCAAGACCACCGAUGGCGUCGAGUCACAGCUGGCGGUAAACUAUGUGGCGAAUUUCUUGCUAGUGAAUCUGCUGAGAGGCAAGAUUGAGAAGGCGGGACGGGGGUCGUCGGUGGUGGUUGUCGCGAGUUCGGCUGUCCGGGGAGGCAAGAUGAAUUUUGAGGACGUGAAUUUUGAGACGCCUGGUUCGUAUAAGCCGAUUGUCGCUUACGGCCAGUCCAACGCCGCCCGAGUCAUGUUUGUGAAGAAGCUGGCGCCGCAGCUCGCCAGCAAAGGCGUGCGUGCGUAUAGCGUUGACCCAGGCGCUGUUUGGUCCGGCCUUCAGCGACACUUUACUGACGAUGACCGUGCCUGGAUUGCCAAGCUGAGGUCUUCCGGGGGGAAGCUCAAAGAUCUCGACGGUAGAGAGUACGAUGUUCCUCCUUGGACAAGUACCUCGGAGGGUGCAGCGACAAUCAUCACCGGCAUGGUAGAUCCGACCAUUGAGGACUCCUCCGGCGCAUUCCUGCACAACAAUGCUGUGGCGGAUGAGGAGCUGCACUCUCACAUCGUCGACGAGAAUAACUGGACCAAGCUCUGGGAUCUCACCGAGAAUUUAAUUCGCGUAUAA